AUGAAACUGCUUCUCGACCGGCGAGGCGACCAGAUCACCAUUACUAAAGGGGUGGUGAAGGCUGCAGCAGGAAACGAAGUGGCUGGCGAGCAAGUGAUGAAACUGCUUCUCGACCGGCGAGGCGACCAGAUCACCAUUACUGAAGAGGUAGUCAAAGCUGCAGCAAGGAACAAUUGGAAAGGCGAGCAAGUAAUGAAACUACUUCUCGACCAGCGAGGCGACCAGAUCACCAUUACUGAAGAGGUGGUGAAGGCUACAGCAGGAAACGAAGAGGCUGGCGAGCAAGUGAUGAUACUA